AUGACAACAUUGAUGGGAAAGUUUAAACUUACUGGGCGCUCCCCUCUGUUUGUACUUCAACCAAUGUUGCACUGCAAGAAACAACAGUUCGUUGAAGAGGCAGUCAGAUUGAUUAGUAAUAAAAAGAUCGGAAAGAAAUCUGACUUCGUCCAGGCAAGAAACUGGGUAGGAGCACUUAACGUAACGGGCUUGCCCUUAAAUCAAUUUAUUUUACGUUACGAUAGAGCCAGCGGGCCAGGAGGCCAAAACGUUAAUAAGGUAAAUAGUAAAUGUACUUUGACACUUUCUGGUUUAUCAAACUGUGCUUGGAUUCCUCAGGAAGUGAGAAACAUCUUAAGUAGCGGCAGGUUUCGAUACUACGCUAAGGGCAGCGAUUCUAUAGUAAUUCAAUCUGAUGAAACUAGGUCAAGGGAAACCAACAAAUUAAAAUGCUUCGAGAAGUUGGUUCAAGAAAUUCGGCAAACGUGCCAAUUUCCUAAUGAUACCACUGCUGAGACCUCAAAGAAAUGGAAUAAAAUAAAAGAGAAAGCCAACAAAGAGCGACUUCUUGACAAAAAAGUUCACAGCGAUAAAAAGAAAAACAGAAGUAAAAUUAAAUUCAAUUAUUAA